AUGAAUCUGGAGAUUUUCUCGAAUAACCUACAAAACAUUGGGAAAUUGAGACAUGGAAUCGACGAAUUUCACAAAAUGGCAAAUGAAAUUCGCAAUGAAGAAGAGUCAGUGAAGGCGCUGGAACAUCAUAUUGCCACGUGUAAUGGAAUGAAAACGGAGCUAGAUUUAGAGAGAAGAAAUCAUGCGGAAGAGUUGAGACAGAUCAAUCAGGAUAUCAAUACACUGGAGGAUAUUACGAAGAGUUCGAGAUCAGAAUUAGAGAAAAGAAAGAAGAAGAUUACGGUAGCGAUGAGUCACGUGGAGAGAAUGAGAAGUUUUUUGAAUGAGAAUCUGGAGUCGAUGAAUAUUGUUCAUAAAUUGGAAUCGUCAGAAGAGGAAGAGCUCUUCAAGGAAACUUGUGCGAGACAAGAAAGUGAGCCGCCAAUGAUGCCAGAUGUUCCACGUAAUCCAUCGGAACUUCCUGCAUUCAUCCAAUCUCUUAUCAACUGUGCUCAACAACAACCACAAUCAUCUGGAAGUGUUAUCAAUAUGCCACGCAACUUGAUGAAUCGUCACAGAAUGCCGCCAAGUUUUGUGGAGGCGAGCAAGAUGAAGGUCUGUGAAAACUGUGGGGCCAACAUCCAUCGUAAUGCUCCAACAUGCCCGGUCUGCAAGAUGAAGACACGCAGUAAGAAUCCAAAGAAGAAGCAGAGACGUAUGUAUCCAGGAGUACCCGAGCCAAUGCUUUAA